GCUGCCGCCCGGGCAACCGCGAGAUCCGGUUCCACGCCACUCAGCGGGCUAGCGCGUCUCCAGAUCCACCGCUAUCAUGUCUGACGGAUCCGAGGAGAUUCUUCUCUGCUCGGAUGACGGAGCUGAGCAGGGCCUGCGCGGCGCCGCCGCCGCCGAUAUGCAGCAAGGCUCUCACAUUUGCGCGGCGCCACUCCCUCCACUAUUUGCUGCUGAGCAGCCGCUCCUGUUGGAAUACAAGCCGUUUGCUCAGCCACUCUCCGCUCCAGCCGACCGCGUCCAGCCGCCCCUCAUCAUCCUGAAUCCCGACCCUUCGCUGAAACGCCUCCAGCGGCAUCUUGUCCACCUGAGAGCUGGGCCGAGCGUGGCCGAAGUUUUGCCCAAGCGCGACGCCAGCGCCGCGCUGGCGAGCUUGGAUGACAGCAUGGACAUCGAGUCACCAACCAAGCGCGCGCGAUUGCCACCGUGCGGGCUGCAACGUGCCUCUGUCAAACGGAAGGCUGCCGACAUGGAGCACGUCGAGAAUCUCAUGUCAACCUUUUACCUGGGUGGUGGCUCGAAGCAGGCUCGCAGGGGCCCUUUUGCGCCGAACGUGAUGAUGACGUGACGAAUCGAUCGCACUGCCGCCUCGCGGUUGCCACCGUGGCAGGACUGGACUGGCGAGCCGUUGCUAGGAACGUAGGUAGGAGGAGGGAUCUGGUCGAGAGCUCCAUGUGUUGAUUGCUGUCAACUGCUGAGAUUGCUGCUGUCAGCGCUCACGGGCCGGUCGCCAGGGGCCGGGCCGGUUCGCGGUUGUGCCCGUUCGCCGUUGACGGAGAUGCGGUGGGAUAUGACAUAUAUUUGACGCGACGUAAAUUGUGAGAAGCUUAGAGGGUAGCAGGGCUUAUAUCA